UCGACAUUUAGGUACGACGUCGAGGUUAGUGGUUGCGCACCGACUCUCAUCCAGGAUGCGUUCGAACACUCGCUUGCUCAUUCGCAGCGCGGUCGGUGGUUAUGCUUUCAAAGCUGCUCACUCGCCCAGCUCCUCGGAUCGUGGUCACCUCGGCUGAGGAUGCGGAGACCGCUGCCAGCCGUCUUCAGCAAUACUCGCAGCGCAGCUCAAUUUUGAUCAUCGCACUUUGAUACGAACUACUCAUACCAUUAAUCAUUACAGGAUGCGGACCUUCGCGGCAAUGAGUUCCCCUUUGGUGAGGGUAGCACCAGCUGCAGUGCGCUGCAGUUCGCGGAGGUGCUUCUCAAGCUCUCAGAACUUGCAAGCCACAUGGGGGUUCAUAGGUCUCGGACGGAUGGGGUAUCCUAUGGCGAAGAACCUUCGCGCAAAGAUCCCAGUCGAAGACACGCUUUUUGUGCACGAUGUCAAUACCGCCGCCACAAAGCAGUUCCUCGAGGAAAAUCCUCAAGGUGUUCGUGUCGCCGACAAUGUACGACAAGUUGCAGAGAAAGCGGAAGUCGUCAUCACCUCUCUGCCAGCACCUCAGCAUGUUAAGGACGUGUAUGAGGCUAUGCUGAAGCCGGCAACUCUGCUGAAAGAUGGUGUUAGCAAGGAGCGUCUUUUCAUCGAUUGCUCGACUAUAGAUCCCAAGACAUCUGGAGCUGUAGCUGAGUCCGCUCGUUCCUCAGGCCAGGGAACGUUCAUUGAUGCCCCCAUGUCUGGCGGUGUCGUUGGCGCUCAGGCUGGUACUUUGACGUUCAUGAUUGGUGCUGCUCCAGAGGUUGUCGACCAAGUGACUGCAGUACUGUCGCUGAUUGGUCGGAAAGUGAUUCAUCUUGGAGAGCAAGGAUCAGGUCUCAAGGGCAAACUUGCAAACAACUACCUUCUAGCACUGAACAAUGUCGCUACUGCGGAAGCCAUGAAUAUGGGUGUUCAGUGGGGCCUCGAUCCAAAGGCGCUUGCGAACAUGAUUAACAUUAGCACUGGUAAAUGCUGGCCAAGCGAAGUCAACAACCCAGUACCUGGUGUGAUUGAAGGAUCGCCGGCAAGCAGGGGAUAUGACGGAGGCUUUGGGGUUGCCCUAGCCAACAAGGAUCUGAAGCUUGCGCUCAAGGCUGCAGAAGAUGCCAACGUAAAGCUUGCGUUGGGAGAGUCAGCGAGGGCGCUCUAUGACGCGGUAGAGAAGGCGGAGAACUGCAAGGGCAAGGACUUCUCUGUUGUCUACAGAUAUCUAGGUGGCAAAGAAUAGACAGAUGAAAAUCAAUUCUAUGAAC